UUAAGAACAAAGGCAGCCAUUGCUGGCAUAAUCUACCGAAAAAUUAAGUGAUAAGAGAGGAUGGAAACACAGUCAUUGUGGAGCACUAUGUACAGAGGAUUCUUUAGACAUCGUUUUUAUCUUUUCAUUUUUAUCUUUGCGCAUUUUGCGCACGGGGAUGUCAGCUACACGGUCGUGGAGGAAAUGAAACGCGGCUCCGUGAUCGGAAAUAUUGCCAAAGAUCUCGGGCUGAGCACUGCGAGCCUCUCUGUGCGUAAAGCCCGCAUUGAUGCAGACAAGACUGAUAAAAGGUACAGUGAAAUUAAUCCGAGGACGGGGGAUUUGAUUGUCGCGGAGAGGAUGGAUCGGGAAAGUCUAUGUGGUAAAAAGGUGACGUGCAUUUUAAAAGAGGAGCUUGUUCUGGAAAAUCCUUUGGAGCUUCACCGGAUCAGCAUUCAAGUGCAAGAUAUAAACGACAACGCCCCCGAGUUCAGUGAAAACCUGAUUUCUUUUGAAAUUAGAGAAUCUGCCGCUAAAGGGGCCAGAUUCUUGCUGACUGAAGCCCGUGAUGCAGACAUCGGCAGUAACGCGGUGCAGCGGUAUGAAUUACAGAACAAUGAACAUUUCACUGUUCACGUCAAUACAGAGGUGAGUGGGCGUAAGCAGCCGGAAUUAGAAUUAAUAAAAGAAUUGGACAGAGAACAAAAGGCGGAGCUAAGACUUAUUCUCACUGCCAAAGACGGUGGGAAUCCUCAGAGGUCAGGGACUGCGGCUGUUCACGUCACUGUUUUAGACGCAAACGAUAAUGCUCCUGUAUUCAGUAAGUCUGUCUAUAAAUGCACUCUGGCAGAAAACUCGGAUGUUGGCACAUUAGUUACUGCAGUAACAGCUACGGAUGCAGACGAAGGCCCUAACGGUGACGUCACAUAUAUUUUUGAUCACGUGUCCAACAACCAUGUUUCUCUGUUCUCGCUUGAUCAAAAGACAGGAGAGAUACGAGUUAUGGGAGAAGUGGACUAUGAAAAAGAAGGAUCUAUUGAACUUCGCAUAAGAGCAAAAGAUGGUCCAGGUCUAACUUCAUAUUGUACGGUAAAUAUAGAUAUAAUGGAUGUGAAUGAUAACCCGCCAACCAUCAGUUUAAAAUCUCUGUCCAGCUCCAUCCCAGAGAACGCCCCACCUGGUACAGAGGUGGGCAUCAUUAACGUGCAGGACAGAGACUCUGACAAGAACGGACAGGUCCGCUGCUCCAUUCAAGGCAACGCUCCUUUUAAGUUGGUUCCUUCCAUCAAAAACUAUUAUUCUGUGGUGAGCACAGGACAGCUGGACCGUGAACUAGUGUCUGAUUACAACAUUAGCAUCUUUGCCACUGACGAGGGCUCUCCACCUCUGUCCUCGUCUAAAAGUGUUCACUUAUCUGUAGCUGACAUCAACGACAACCCACCUGUGUUUGAGGAACAGUCGUACAGCGCAUAUGUAAGUGAAAACAACCAAGCUGGCUCCACUUUAUGUCGGGUGAGCGCUCGAGACCCCGACUGGAGACAAAACGGUACAGUGAUUUAUUCUCUGUUAGCUGCUGAGGUGAACGGCGCCCCGGUGUCCUCCUAUGUGUCUGUGAACGGAGACACGGGGCUGAUCCACGCUGUCAGGUCGUUUGAUUAUGAACAGUUGAGGAGUUUUCAAGUGCAGGUGAUGGCCAGAGACAACGGUUCUCCUCCGCUCAGCAGCAACGUGAGCGUGAGUGUGUUGAUCUGGGAUGUGAACGACAACUCUCCUCAGAUUCUGUACCCCGCCCCGGAGGGCAGCUCCUUCAUGACCGAGCUGGUCCCCAAAGCUGCACACGGAGGCUCUCUGGUGUCCAAAGUGAUCGCGGUGGACGCCGACUCUGGACAGAACGCCUGGCUGUCCUAUCAUAUAGUCAAAUCCACUGAUCCGGGACUUUUCACCAUCGGUCUGCACAGUGGAGAGAUCAGGACGCAGCGGGACAUUUCCCAAUCUGACAGCAUGAAACAGAACCUGAUUGUGGCAGUCAAAGAUAACGGACAGCCCUCUCUGUCUGCCACCUGUGCCAUGUAUUUACUCAUCUCCGAUAACUUGGCUGAGGUGCCAGAACUCAAGGAGAUUUCUUACGAGGAGAAGAACUCCAAACUGACUUCCUAUCUGAUCAUCGCUCUGGUUUGUGUGUCCACCUUCUUCCUGACCUUCAUCAUCAUCAUCUUGGGUGUGAGGUUUUGUCGCAGGAGAAAGCCCCGACUCUUGUUUGAUGGAGCAGUUGCCAUCCCCAGCGGUUAUCUGCCUCCUAAUUACGCAGAUGUUGACGGCACAGGAACUUUACGCAGCGCUUACAAUUAUGACGCCUACCUGACAACAGGAUCUCGAACCAGUGACUUUAAGUUUGUGUCUUCUUACAAUGACAACACGCUGCCUGCUGACCAGACUCUCAGAAAGAGUCCUACUGACUUUCUGGAGGCUUUUGAUGA